CCCCGCAGGCUGAGAUGGUGGGGCCUUAGCACCUGGUUCACCUAGAGCUUCAAAGACACAGGGGUCCAGGCUGGCGGGAAUCCUGACCACCAACACCCACCAAGUGACCACUUGAAUAGUGGUUGUUCAGCGUGGGCUGUUCUGCAAGGGGAGCCGGUUGGGGCUGCACUUCACCUCAGCACUCUGAAGCGUGUGUGUGUGUGUGUGUGUCUGGGUCCCCAGAGGGGCUGCCACAAAGCUAACAGCACCAAAGACAGUGGGGCUUAGAGGAUCGGGGGGCCCAGGGGACAGUGGCCAGGUGGAGGCAGAGAGCCCAAGCGGGUCAGGACAGUUAGCUGGUUGCAGGUGGGAAGGGGGAUAGGGACCCGGAAUGGGACCGGGGACGGGGUCACCGCCGCUGCCUGCACACAGCUCCUGGGAGGUCACUGAGCACCCGAAGCAGCUCCGCCCCCUGGAAGCCGCUAGGGCCGCUUACCGCCCCCGAGACCGGCCAACGGAAGGGGCGGGGGCGUGGUCCCAACCAAGGGGGUCACCCCGUGGCCACACUCCGCGCGCCCGUCGCCUUGGGCCUGUAGUCAGCACUGUAGAACAAGACGGCCGGGGCGUCCGCAGGGCUUCGACACGCCCCACUGCCCGGGUCCGAGCCCCGAGGAGGCGCCGGGAAAGGCCCGGGAUGCCUCUGCCUCGCCGAUGCGCUCUGAGCCCAGCCCUUUGCGAUCCCUCCUGGCUCUUUCCCGAACCCCCUACCCGGGCCCUCCCAACCCCAGUGAGCCGCGCACCAGUGACUCCCGAAUGGGGCGCAGAAAGAGGAACGCUGGCUCCCUGGAGCCGGCGGGACGCGGAGCCCCACCCCUCCCGUGCCCAGCCGCGGGCGCCCGCUGCCCAGACCAGGGAAGCCCUGCAAGCUGCCAGCGUAUCCCCACAGGGAGGGUAUGUGGGGCGUGGGGAGCGCGGCCCAGAAGGGCGCAGGCCCCGGAGAGGAGAGGGGGAAGGGUCGCGCACGUGGCCGGGGGGCGGGGCCGGCCGCUUCCGCACCCUCACUCGGCCACGUGGGGAACGAAGCCCUACCCCAUCGAGAACGAGGGCGCGCCCGGGACCGCGGCGGAAACGUCCGGGGAGGGGGUUGGGCUGCCGCCGGCCGCGCGCCCGGGAACGGGGUGGGCGCGCCUGCGAGGGGGCGGGACGUGCGCCGAGGAGGGAGGGGUGCCCCGGAGGCGUGGCCGUCCGGGGAGGGAGGAGCUGCCGGCACGGGGCGGGACGCUCUCGGUGGAGGGCCGCGCAGGGGAGGGGCGGGUUUUCCCGGCGUGGGAAGGGGGUGCUCCGGGAAAGGGGGGGCGCGCUCCCUGUGCCCGCGCCCCGUGCGGCGGGGAACCACGUGCGCGGGUCUGGAGACCGGGAGCUUUCGGGGCAGGAGUGGGUGCGCCGGGGCGGCUUCUCCUGCUCGGGCCCCGCCCCCAGCGGCCGCGCGCGGCCCGCGGGGCGGUGGCGGAGGGCGCGCCGGGCGGGGGGCGUGGCCGGGCGCCCCGAGGGGGCGUCCUCCGGGCGGGGCGGACCGCGGCCGCCCCCGCGGGCUCCGGUGCGUCAGGGCGCGUCAGGCGGGGCGGGGCGGGCCGAGCGCAGGCGGCGGCGGCGGCGGCGCGCGCCGGCCUCCUCCUCCUCCUCCCGCACUCGAGCAGUCGCCGCUGGCCGGACGGACGCCGCUCCCGCCGCCUCCUCUCAGCCCGCUCGGCCCGCCCGCGCGCCCCUGCCCGGUGAGCGCCCCUUUGCCUGUGACUGGCCGGGCUGCGACAAGAAGUUCGCGCGCUCCGACGAGCUGGCCCGUCACCACCGGACGCACACCGGCGAGAAGCGCUUCCCCUGCCCGCUCUGCUCCAAGCGCUUCACCCGCAGCGACCACCUGACCAAGCAUGCGCGCCGCCACCCUGGUUUCCGCCCGGAGCUGCUCCGGCGCCCGGGCGCCCGCAGCACCUCGCCCAGCGAUUCGCUGCCCUGUAGCCUGGCAGGCAGCCCCGCACCCAGCCCGGCCCCCAGCCCUGCCCCUGCCGGCCUGUAGAGCCCUCGCCCACCCGCCCUGCGCGCCCCCGCUGGGCCUGGGCACGAGCACCAGCGACACGCCUGCUGUCCAGGGCCCCGGGGCUGGCCGCAGACUGAUGGCCAGCCUGGCCACUCACAGCGUUUCCCUGAGGGCCCCGGGGAUGCCCUUUCCCCCCUCAAGAAAGCAAGGAGGGGCUUGAGAUGGGACCCGGAGGUGGUCCUCAGGAGGGGCACCUGGGGUCUGCGUCUGUAAAUAGCCAGGAUGGAUAACUCUCUUCCUGUGUGUUAAUGAGCAGGGACCCCAUGUGGGUGGCCGGCAGGCGUUCCCCUCCCCCCACAGGCACCUCCCUGCUUGGGGGUGGGGGGCCUGGAGCGGCCAGGAAAGGCACGCCGCUAACCAGUGCUCGGACUUGGCCCCCCAUGCCCCUCUCUCCAGGUUGGGAUGGUGUGUGCAAAGAGCCAUAAAUGAACCAGGAGCUACUAAGAGCCCUGGCCUGUCCCCACCCCCCACCCCGCCCCAGGGCCCCUCACCCCACUGAAAGCCAUUGGAGACGUUCAGGGAACUGGGGUGCGGCCCGCCGCCCCCAUUCGGGUACUCAAUCUCAGGUGUCCACAGCUUCUGACCAUGGGAGGGGCUGCCCGGCUCCAGAGCAGCAGGGGCGCUGUAGGGAGGGAGGUGGUAGGGUUUCUGUAGGGGCCUGCGUUUUGCCUCAGACCUGGGAUAUAGGGAGGGGGAGGAACUGGGGUACUUCCAAAGAGCAUUUUGACUCACUUUGUGGGGAGGCAGAGAUCAUGAGAUGGGAGUAAAUGCUGACUUAUUUAUUUUCUGGAUCUCGGCUGGUGUGGGGGGUGGAGCCACCCCUCUGGGCGCAUGUGGGAGUGAGUGAGAAACAUUUCUGGGGAGGCUGGUGCUGGCCAGGGUCCCCGACUUUGGCCUUUCCCAGCAUCACGUGACAAUCAAUCCCUCCUGUUUGGGACCACGACAGCCAUUGGACACAAUGCUGGCCCUUACACCUGGCAGGUCCCCCUGGGUACGUGGCCCUGGACCAGCUUGAGGUCCCACCCACGCAGGCAGGAAGCAGGAGGGCUGACCCCUGAGCCCUCCGGGAUAGCUCAUUUUUUUCGGAGCGGGUAGAAUAUUUUUUCAGGCGCCAGUCCCUUUCUUGAUCCGGGCCGUGGGUGGUCCGUCGUCCUCAGGGGGUGUGGGUGUAUGUGAGGGGUCUGCAUGACGGGAGCGUAGGUUAGGGAGUGGUGAAUGCUGGUGCACUCUCCUGGUGUCCUGCAGUGGCUUCAGUUGGCUUUCGUUUUGGAUAGAGGACACCCGCCCUGGACUGAGACCUUGGAAGGGCCCGUCCCCGCCUCCUGCCGUUUUCUCAGGCGAGGGAGCGGGGUUUGGGUGGCUGUGGUGUGGACCUCACCCGGCCUGGCAGGAUCCAGGGAGGGUGCUUAGUGUCCUGGGGAGGGGGACGGGCCGGGGAAGCCCUUUUGGAGCUGGGCUGGGGAGUGUCUUACAGGCAGGUCCUUUAGGAGCCGGACUAUGUGUGCCCUCUGACCCGGUCCAGCAGUGUUGGUGAGAUGCCUUAGUCCAUGGGGGGUGGGCUGGGCCCCGUUUUCUUCCUGUCUGGAUUGUCCCAGCCCUGCCCAGUGCCUGUCUGCAGGUGGACUGCCGGUCAGAGGCCUAGGGAGCUGCGAACUCAUCCCUGGCCCCUCUCCAGGGUCCAGGGGUCUGGGGAGACCCGUGCCCCUCCUCCCCCAAGGGGCUAGUGGUCAUUGGGACCUGAUGCCAGCCGCUUAGGUGUGGCCUUUCAAGUGGGGGAGGGCCCCAAGGGACUUGUGCUUUCGGGUGGCGCUCCCUACUCCUCCCCUGCCCGGCCUCUUCCUUGUAUUUAAUUAAAUAAACCCUUUUUUAAACCCAA